AUGCUAUCCAGGAGUGGCAAAACAAUUGGGGAAAAGGAGUUGGUGAAAGAGAAUGUGUUGGGUGAUGAAGAGAAAAUGGUUGAAGAACCCAUGGUUAUUGAAGAAGAAGCAAACCCAAAGAAUAUGCGGGCUGGUAUUGAAAAGCCUAUCGUUAACGAGGACCUUCCGGAAAUCAAUGAUGCAUCGGAAAGCAAGGAAGCGACGGAGGAGGUACCAAGGGCUUCACCGCCCGUUAUGAGGCCUCCUCCUCCUUUUCCCCAACGAUUGGCAAAGCAAGCGGAAGAUGGAAAAUUCCUCAAGUUCAUAGAUCAAUUAAAGGGGCUCUCAAUAAAUAUUCCAUUGGUUGAGGAUGUUGAAUGCUUACCGUGCCCAGGUGACAGCGGAUGGUGGGGGCUAUGCAGCCAUCUGUUAAAUUGUAGAGUGUGCAAAAAUUAUCUGCAUCCUCUUCAUCAAUGGGCUGCAGCUCUAGAGAAGGACAUGGAAGCUGAAGAUGUUGCAGAUUCUAGCACAAACAUGGAUUCAGAUAGUUUAGAUGCUGAUGUUGAUGACCAUAUGAGAUGUGAAAAGGAGUUCGAGCUGUUGGUGGAGCACAUGAUCACCGAAGAACUUGCUCUACGAGCAAUCAUAACAAAUUCUGAGCUUUUGGUUUUCGCGUCCACAGAACUGCCCAUGCUAUACUGGAGAUUUAAGGGUAAGUACUACCUCUGGGGUGUUUUCAGACCAAAGCGGGAUUCUAGUAGGAAUACUAUGAUGCCAAAUGGAAAGAGUGCGACCUAGUAUGCUGUUUUAACUGGUUGCUAAUGCAUAUCUGUCAGAGGGCUGCGAAUCUGGUGAUUAAGAUGAAGCAGCUUUCUUUUUAGAGCCAUCUUGCGGGGGAGUUUUGCUUGGUUGAAGAACCUAAUGACCACUGAAAGACACCUGAUUUAACAAAAGCCUUCUGUUUUAGCAGUUGAUUGGAGGACUAGUGAGCUUGAUAUAUGCAGGAGCAUGGUUUCACAUGGCCAUUUAUUUUGUAGUUACUCCUACUUUGAUUGUCAAAAAGUCUAAACUUGUGCAGUUGUACAUGACCAUUAUAAACCAAACACCACCAUAUCUAGGAAGAGAAGCGUUUACAUUUUUCUCUCUUCUGCCGCACCCAACCCCCUCUUCUGGUUUAGGGGCUCGUCUUGUAUAUUUUGAAACGAUGUCAUGUAAAUGAAGGUUAUGGAAUAUUAAACUAUCUUAAAUGCAGGGAUGACAAUAGGGUGGGUCGGGUGAUGCCUUGACCUGCCACAGAUUUAACCUGCCUUGUCCCGUUUAACAAUAUUCCUCUUUUCAA